AACCACCGGGGGACAGAUAGGAAAAUGGUAUCGACUUAGUUUUGCCUCCUCACUGUUUUUUUUUUUUUUUUUAGGGGUGGAAGUCACCGAUCGCCACUUCGUCAGUGACAUGAAUCUUCCGAAGUAAACCACCCACGUUCCCCCCUCGUCCCAACCGACACGCACACGAUGUCCUCGCCCCAGGCAGAGACCUCGCCGCCGUCCACCGCGUCCUGCGCAACGCCUCGGCCGCUGGCAACCUCGCCAUCCCUGAGGCCCGCACUCCUCCGCGCGGCGCGCAGCGGCGACGAGCGGCGGCUCGUGAAGGAGCUCCUCGCGGACCGGUCCGCGCCCGACCUCGAGACCGCUACCACCGCAGGAGGCAACACGCUCCUGCACGUGGCCGCUUCCGGCGGGCACGCGGCACUCGCGGCGCUCCUCCUCCGCCGCGCCCCUGGCCUCCUCGCCGCGCGCAACGCCGCUCUGGACACGCCGCUCCACUUAGCCGCUCGCGCCGGGGCCCACAAGGUCGCCGCCCUCCUCAUCGCUUCCUCCCCCUCUGCCCCGUCCUUGCGUGCCCUCACCCGCGCCACUAACAAGCGCGGCGAGACGGCGCUUCACGACGCGGUGCGGGGCGGGCACGAGGCCGCGGCGCGUGCGCUGGCCGCCGCGGACCCGGGGCUCGCGGGGCUGUGCGGUGGCGCGGGGGAGACGCCGAUUUACAUGGCGACGGCCGCAGGAUCACUUGGGAUGGUGCGCGUUCUUAUCAAGUCGUAUAAGAACGCCGACGCCGACGAAGAUGAGGUGCCAACAUUGUGUUCGUGCACGGGCCCGGGAAGGCGCACGGCGCUCCACGCCGCUGUCCUCACGAGUAACGAAAUGACACAGGAACUGUUGCAGUGGAAUCCGGCACUUGUGAAAGAAGUUGAUGAUUCAGGAAGCACUCCUCUUCAUUAUGUUGCAUCUGCUGGAAACAUUUCUGCAUUGAAGCUGUUACUGAGAUAUGAUACUUCUCCAGCAUAUGUCCCAGAUUCAAAUGGAUUGUUUCCUGUACAUGUUGCUGCUAAAAUGGGGUAUGGUCAACUAAUCUAUGAACUCUGCAAACACUGCCCAGAUUCUGAUGAGAAGCUUGAUGGUAAAGGAAGGAAUUUUUUACAUAUUGCUGUUGAGUAUAAGAAAUGGAAAGUUGUUUGGCAUUUCUGUGGUACCCCAGAGCUCGAAAGAAUGAUGAAUGUCAUGGAUUAUGAAGGGAAUACAGCUCUGCAUCUUGCAGUCAAGAAUGCAGACCAGAUGAUAGUAAGCCUUCUGAUGGCAAAUAAAAGUGUACUGCCAAAUAUAGUGAACAACAAGGGCCUCACUGCCUUAGAUCUUGCGGUACUGGCAACUGACAAAGGGAUGAGUUAUACACUGAAUCCACAGGUCAUUAUACUUCGCUGCUUAGCAUGGACAGGAGCUGUCCUUACUCCACGUCGCCUGGAUCAUUUCAUAGAUGAGUUCCACAUUGGGAAAGCCUCUGGGAACGAGCUAAAGAAAUUCAGCAACAUUGCGCAGAAUUUAGUAGUUGGCUCCGUCCUUGUCUCAACAGUCACGUUUGCAGCAGUAUUCACCCUACCCGGUGGCACCAUAUCUGACGGUCAUCCGCAUGCUGGUGCACCAAUUUUGUCACAUAGAUACACCUUCAAGGCAUUUGUGAUGGCAAACACACUUGCAUUUGUGGGCUCCACGUUGUCCACCAUCUGGCUCACCUAUGCUGGUUCGGAUCAUGUUCAUCCACUGCUUCGUGCACUCUACAUGUUCUUCUCUGUAGUUUGCAUGGAGCAGGCGACAAGAGGCAUGGUUGCAGCAUUUGCACUAGGAGCUUAUGUUGUCUUGAGCCCAGUUAGUGAGCGGAUCGCCAUUGUGGUAUGCAUGUCUACCAUCGCUACUCUCUUGCUCCGCAACCCAUCUAAUUGGCAGCUAGGCUUCCUGUUUAUGCCGAUCAAAAGGCGAUUGGGGUGGAGAGGAGCUUUUAAGGCUCAUUUGCCUCAACAAACAAGGAGUCGUCUUACAGUAGGUAUUGGCUCCAAUUUUGCGUGUUUAAUCCUGCGGAGGAUGCUUGGUAUGCUAUUUACAUACAGCUUCAUCUUUCUAUUAGCAUUGCUAUGACGUGCAAUGGGUGUGCCUUGGUGUAACAACUAUCGUUCGUAUGUAUAUAUAGAAGUAUUCGAUGUUGUUUGUAAUGUCAUCCGUGCUUGUAUUUUUUUUUAUGCCUCGCAGUGACAUAGUUCGAACUUUA